AUGGCUAGAAGUAAAGACAGCAAGGUGUUGCAACCACGCACAACAAAUGUGAGGAAGCCAGCGGGAACAUACAAGAAUAAGAAACGCCAUAACAAGUCUGAAUUAGAGAAGAAUGCUAAGAGUGUAAAACGGAGACGGAUCGAGCCCUCUGUGAGUGACUUUAACAAUGAGUAUAUUUCUAUGAGACUUGAACCCCAAGGAAUAAGACCUUCGAUAGCCAGAAAUAAUGGCGCCAGUGUUGAGAGAGAAAUAUCUUUUGGGGAUCUAAUAAAUGCACCUCCCGUGUCGACAUCGACUCCAACUCAUGUACCCUCGUUGAGCUCCUUGAAGUACCCGGAAAUAACGUACAAUAAUGUAAGGCACAAAAAAUUAUUUGCAACAAUGUCCUAUGAAAGGCAAAAUAGUACAUACAACACACAACCCGGAGACAAUCAUAACUACAUGUUAAUAUCUAACAACAGUUUCAGUUACAGGGCAGAUCAGAUCGCCUCACCGACUACCUACAACAAUAAUAAACCUGAGAAUGGACAAGCUGCUGACAUUUUUAUUCCCAAUGAAAAAAUGAAGAGCAUCGACAUAUCGAAACUGUCCAUUUACUCAAAGGUGGACGAUUCAGUAGUUAACCAGAAUCACCGUAUAUUAAACGAAUAUGAUGUGCCAUUUCCUCAAUUAAUAGCUACAUCUGCAAGGAUGGCAGACACAUAUCCCACAUUUAAUGAAUAUCCAACAGAAGAUAUGCCAGAUGUUCAUGGAGAUAUUAAUUCCAUGAAGAAUGCUCAGUUUCCAAGUGACACAAAUGAUUCUUAUGAUUCUUCAGGUGGCCAGGCUACAUACUUCAACAGCAAAUAG